GGUUUGGGCAUUUGACUUAACCCCCAAAAUAAAAGAGACUCCAUUUAUUCAUUUUCCAUCUGAUCAAAGAAUUGGGAAGUUAAAGAGAGAAAAAUGGACGAAAGAGGAAUUAUGGGUCCAAAAAGAUCUCAAUUUUCUCCAAAACCAAACAGGAAGCCUACUGAUCCAGAGGCUAAAAAAUCUGCAAACAAACAUCCAAAAAAAGGUCCCAUUGUUCCCAGCUCUUUACAUAAGAAAAAGCCACAAGCUGCAGCAACGAAUCCUAAUCCUAACGGAAACAAAACUAAUUCCAGCUUCGAGCCAUCUUCUCCAGCUCCAGAUCCACCUCCGACUCCGAUUUCAACUCCAAAAGCAAAAAGUCAACCGACCACGCCUUCUUCUCAUCCACCUCUACCUCAGACUCUGGAUCAUCCUCGAAAAACAAAAAGUCAACCACCCACGCCUUCUUCUUCUUCAAAGAUCAACGUUGUAAGACGUAUUGAUAGUGAAAAUUCUAUAAAAGCUUCUCCCAAGACUUCGCCCACCUCUUGGUCAGAUCGUCGUCAGAAACAUGUCAAAAAUACUGCUGAUCCUAAUGCCCCUGCAUAUUCCGAUCCUUCUAAUGAUAUUGGUGAUCGGUUGUUACAACGCCUUUCUUUUGAAGGUAAAGACCUCGAGGACAUCCUCCAAGGAAACUCGAUAGAUGAUUUAAUGGGCUCAAAUAAUAAAAAGGAAGAAUCUUCGCCUCGAAACAAUUCUAGUUUGGCUAUAUUACAAAUUUACCAGAAAAUUGCAUCUCAUCGACAAGGAAACUUAUCCGUUGCACGUUACUUCAAAAAGCUCAAGAAGUUAUGGGAUGAAAUUGGAACCCACAGCAGUGAUUUGACUCAAGGUUGUUCUAGCAAUGGUACAAUUGAAUUUUGGAGUGAGCUUACGGAAAGAGACAAAGUUAUUCAAUUUUUUGUUGGACUAAAUGAUUAUUAUUCCACAAUUUGCUCCCAAAUCCUUGUUAAGCAGCCAUUUCCAACAGUGGAGGAAGCUUAUUCUGAAAUAAUUCGAGAAGAAAAACGUAGAGAAUUGUUUGUUGCAUUAGGAAUUGUGGUGGCAAAAGUGAUUCAAAGCAAUAGGCUUCCUAGUUACCAGAAUGGUUCCUUCAACACUGGUGAUAAUAACAAUCUUGGAAUUGAUCAAGAAAUUGACAGAAGUAAUUAACCUUGGGUCUCCUAAUUAAGCAAAGUUGAAGAUUUUCACCUCCAAGAAAAUUCAAGGAUUAAUUUGAGGACGAACAUAAUUAAGACAAACUUGUCCAAACUGUAUUGAUCGUUAUGGUGAGACACUACAUAUGCAUUUUAAUUGAAAAGAUUAAACUUAAACCUCGUUUGGUGGUGAGUCAGAACAUGUACUUUACAUCUGUCUUAUGUGUGGUUUAUGUUUGUGUAUGAGUGAGACUCAUUAUAAUAUAAAUUGUUCAGUACAGACAAACUCCGUAAAAAUAAAUUGUUCAAUGCCAUAUUAUUUACAA